AUGGUUUCGCAAUAUUUCAGACAAGCAGCACUGAUGGCCUUAUAUCAACGCCGUAACAUUGAUCAACAGUUGAGUUCGAACAGUGCCACUGCAAUGAACGCUAAUGCGUCAACACUGGGCGCUUUACCGGCAACCUACUCACCGUUCACACCGCUGAACAUUUCACCUUUUGGAUUAUCCAGCCCUCUGUCAUCGUCAUCUCUUGAAGACUCGAAUACGUGCAGUGUUGAUGAGAACUGUAUUGCAGUAUUUGUGUAUCGUGUCGUCGUUGACAUCUGCUUUGUAUCGCUGAAGCGUUAUACGUUGUCUUCAAAUUAUUUUGUUCACCCAUCGUCUUGUAUGGAGGCUGGAGUACAGAAAUCCGAGGAGACGAGUCCAAAACCAAAGAAGAAGAAAAGGGGUCUGAAGGGCAAAAUUCAAAAGCUACUCAGUCCAGCAGCAAGCACUGCAUCCGAAGAGAACGGUUUGGGCAAAACUGCUUCGAAGGAAAGGAAUGAAUCGUCUGGUUACGUGCCUAAUGAUGUUGCUGCUGCCCCGGCUAAUGAUGGCAAAAAACCGCUGAAAAAAGAAUCUCGAGAAGUAUCGAAUUUGAGCGCUUCCAAUUCGAAGCAGCAGCCUGGACAACGAUCACAAAAGAGGUCAAAAGAGCCCAAAGUGAAGAAUGAGAACAAGAAAUUGACGCCUGUAUUCUCACUGUCAAAUUUAUUCGGAAAGCCACCAACAAAACGACAAACGCCAGCCGCUUCCAAAACCAAUGUGAAAACAACCAAAAAGAAACGACGAAAGAAGGCCUCCUCAUCGGAUAGUGAUCCAUCCUAUUGUGCGUCUUCUGAUGAUGGUGAGCAAAUCACUGAUCGUUGCAAUUUGGCGUUGGGUGAAUACAGUCGGAAACGAAAGAACGAUCGUUCAUUGAGUAGUUUGCAUACGUUCUCGGAUAGCGGUGCGUCGUCGACAUCGAUACGGUCAUCGCUUGUCACUCCAGGACCGUUGAACAACGAUACGAAUGCGAUCAAUAAUGAAGCGAGUCUGAAUCGUUCUCAAGCCGUUAUCAACGCAUUGCAUGACACGUUGGCACAUACACAACGAACCAUUCAUUCGAAUGAAGUUGGCAUGCAGUCGGCGGAUCAGAACAAGAAUACAUUUCGACGGAGGAAUGGCAAGAACAUGGCUGAUGAUGAUGAACAUGUUGUGAAGACGCAUAUUCAACGUUAUGGCGAUGGACAAGUGCAUGAAACGAAAAAGAAUAUUGUUAAUAUUAUGGAUGGACAUUCCGUUACACCAUCUUCGUCAAGUGCGAGACGUACAACACGUCAACAUGCGGAUAAUUCGAAACCUCAAGUGGUGACUGAAGGGAACGGAGCCGAGUUGGUGGAUGUGGAAACGUUGGAGGAUUUGACGUGCGAAUGGGACGGUUGCUUCAAAGUGUUCGGUACACAGAAAGCACUUGUCGAUCAUGUGCUCGUUGCACACAUUCAACCGCAAACAUCAAAAAUGUAUUGUUGUAUGUGGAGAGGGUGUGAUCGUGAGGAGGCAUUCAAAGCGCAGUAUAUGCUCGUGGUGCACAUGAGAAGACACACCGGUGAGAAGCCGAACGUUUGCUCGUUCCCUGGCUGCGAUAAGUCAUACAGCCGUUUGGAAAAUUUGAAGACGCAUAUGCGAACGCAUACAGGCGAACGUCCAUACAAAUGUGAGUAUGCGAAUUGUGGUAAAGCGUUCAGCAAUGCGUCGGACCGUGCCAAACAUCAGAACCGAACUCAUUCCGAUACGAAGCCAUAUCAAUGUGUAAUGCCCGAUUGUACCAAAAGUUAUACGGAUCCGUCAUCGUUACGAAAACAUAUCAAAACAGUGCACGGUGAAGAGGCUUAUGAAAUGACAAAGCGAAAGAAACCGGUCAGGAGGAGACGGGCCAACGGAACAGCCUAUAUAGCACCGCAACAGCCACAACCUCAGCCAUCGUCGAGGGAUUUGGUCAAUUCGGUUUGUUUCAGUGUUGUACAAAAGCCUUUAAUACUGCCGGGCAGGAGUGAGCCAAUUGACGAGAAACCGACGAAAUUGGCGACAAGAAUGUUGCUGAAUACUGGCGUUGCGUCGAAAAUGAGUGAAGGCGAUGAUGAAGAAGAUGGUGAUGUGGAUGUUGGCACUCCGUCACCAGCUGAGAAGAUUCAUCCGGGUAAGAAGAAACGCCAGAAAAGGACACCCCCAUCAAGCAGCAGUGUACAACAAGCACCUCACUGUUUUGUUGGUGAACGAUCUCAAUCGCCAGAUGGUAGUAGCAGUUACACGGGUACACGUCCACCAUCGACUCAAGCGGGUGGUGCCGUGGUAUCGCGUUCACCCAGUGCCAGUAAUCAUAGUAACGCGAGCGGACAGUCGAGACGAGAUUUCGGUGUGGAUCGAUUUCUUCAAAACAAAGCGGGUUAUAACGAUUCAGCUACAUUCAAUAUCGGCAGUCCAGUGUAUCAACCGAAUGGCGCUAUCGAGAGUACUAUUGAAUCAUCGCCAUCGCCUUCGUCAGUCGACUUCUUCCAUCGAAAUAAUUAUAAUACGUUCUAUGCACCUUCCCAUCAGCCACAUUAUGCGGAGACACGUUCCGCAUCAUUGGGCAAUAUGUACGCAUCGUCACGGCUUCCUGUCACUGAUCACAGUCGUUCACUCGACCAAAUGGAGUUUGCAAUGCGUCACGUGACACUGCAACCGGGUGCCACCCCACCAAUAGCUACAACAGAUGUUUGCGGAUCGUCUUCAUCGUUGUCUUACGGCGGUUCAGUGAGACGUUCGCUGAGUCAGCACAGUGCCGAUCAUACGAAUUUCGUUAAUUGUCCACAAACGUAUGCAAGUGAGUAUGAUGCCUUCGAGCCGAUCGAUCCGUAUCCAAGUGAAGAAGGACCUGCGCAGGUUGCUUGUAUGACUGGUGGGGUGGCUGCCAUGGCUGCCACAUCAUCGUUAUCGCCUCAAUCUCUAGUGCAUCGAAAAUAUUCGUCGGCAAGCAGUGCAGACGCAAGCGGAGCUUGUGUGGAAACGUAUGAAUGGGGUGUUCCAUUCGGAUGUUCUCAAGUUGCAUCCAAACAACAAGCUGCACCGACAGUGCUCGAGGAUGAUAACGUGCAAUUCGAGGCAACUGCUUUACCGUUGCCGGGUAUAACGCAUAUAAUAACGCAAGUUGAGUCUGGACAAGCCAAACCAAAAUCACCGCAGCACGCCGACGUCGAAUGCUACCAUUAUAAUCCUGUUUCGUCGCCAAACGCCUCAUCUCGUUCGCCAAAUUCCAGCAAUCAGAAGUACUUCGAUACUGAUCUUGGACAACUUCCGAUGGGUAAGUCUAGUCGUUUGUAUAUUGCAGUUGGUGAGAGUACAUUUAUAUCGCUCGAGACAGCACCAUCGUCAUCGAUGCGUGCUGAUUAUUGUGCAGAGAGUAUGAGUGGUAUGCAUGGCGAGGCUGUGCCAAGCACAUCCUCAACAGCCACAUCACAUCAUCACUCCCAUCAUCAGAUGGUCACACCAAUUUCAAAUGAAACAUUCACGGAUUCACACUACUCAAUGCCAUCUAAUACUUUCGAUCGACAACCAAUUGCCUACAACAACAGUUUCGAUAGUACACUCAUGAUGGCCUCAUGUGUACCACUAAUUUCAAAUGAUCCAUCUGAUGGUGGUUUACGAGAUCUUGGCGGUGGUGAUCUGUUCCAUGACUUGAACUCGGCGAAUGAACUUGGUAAUGUAGAUGAGUUAACAACAUCGUUUGAGACCAUUGAGCUGCAGAAUGUCAACAGCGCAUCUUCAAACGCAUCACGCCCUUCACAUCAUCACCACCAUCCAUCCACUGAUUAA